AUGUCUAGACCUCGCUUCAAGACAUUAGAAGACUCGGAGAUCGAUCUCAAGCCUGACAAAGUCGACAAGGACAAAUUGACUGUCUUUGCAACUGGCAUUCAUGUCAAGUCGAAGCAGCAGAAGGAGAAAGAGGCUGCCGAGCUCAAGCAAAAGCAAGAAGAUGAAGAGGCUGCGCGUGCCUACCUCGACUUUGUAGAGGCUUUCGAAGGCAGCGGCGGCAAUGAUAAGAAGCGUGUUCAGGCGCCCGCGUUCGUCAGAGCCGGAGCUGCACCGUCAGAGCGACCACGCGAAGUUGUGCGCGCGCCUACAGCGUCUUCCUCGACAACAAAGCGACCCGCAUUCGAUGAGGAGGACAUCGCACCGAGUGUAGCGAUACGCAAGAAGCGUCAGAUGGAUUCUUUCCUCGACGAGCUCAAGCGAGAUCAGAAGAGUCGCGAGGAUCGUCUCAGAAGCCGAAUGAAUGACACGGGUGCUUCCUUGAGCGCUUUAGCAGCGCAAGAAGCACACAUGGGUGCCGAUGGGUUUGCCGAUCCGAUGACGACCAAUUUACAUCUCGGCAAUUUGCCUCCGCAUCUCAAUGAAGAAGUUCUCGGGCAUUUCGCAGCAAAGCAGGUAGGCCCAGUCGGCACCGUCAAAAUUAUGUGGCCUCGAAGCGACGAAUUCGUGGUCCAUAGUGGCAUGCUCGGACAGUCCUCCAAGCGAGCACAAGGUCUCAACGGCUUCGUUGCUUUCAUGGACCGCAAGACCGCCGAACGAGGUCAAGAGUUCUUUGAAGGAUACGAGUGGGAUGACUAUACGAUUCGAACCGGGUGGGGCAAGUCCAUGCCACUACCAUCUCGGCCAAAGUACUACCACGUACCUGCGCAAAUGCCAGAGAAAUCAAGUCGAUCCGGACGCUUUCGUUCGACAUCGCCGGCUUAUCGUCGAUCUCGCUCGCCGCCAGCUCGAAAGACGCAGCGCGUUUGGCCAAAGAUAGACAGACGCACUGAAGACUUUCUCGUUGAUCUGGCAGACGAGAUCCAAGAUCGUGGCACCAAGUUUGAGCGACUUGUGCGUGAGCGCGAGACAGACAAUCCUCGCUAUGCCUUUUUGCGCGAUUUUCAAGACCCGGCAUACCAUUUCUUCAAGAUGCUGCUCGAUCGCGAUUACCGUCCACCUAGUCCACCUCCAAGGCCAUUCACGGACGAGGGCGCAGCAGACGUCUACACGACAGACAGCGAAGAAGAGGAGGAGCGAGAGCUUCGUAAGCGCGACAGCAAAUUGGGCAAGUUGUCACGACGCCGCUUGGACGCCAAUCUGCGAAGCUUGACACUUACGCGAGGACGCAUCGCUCGCUGCAUGGCCUUUGCAAUGCGACAUACGGAGAUGGCCGAGGAGGUUGCGGAGAUUAUCUGCAGAUCGCUCAUGAUUGACGAGACGCCCAUCCCAAGAAAGCUGUCUCGGCUUCAUCUCGUCUCUGAUAUCCUGCACAACAGCUCGGCUCCGAUACAUAAUGCAUGGAAGUACCGGCAAGCGUUCGAGACAAGACUGGCUCAAGUCUUUGAUCAUCUCAAUCUGAUCUAUCAGUCGUUUCCUGGUCGCAUGAAGGCAGAAGUCUUUCUUCGUCAAAUCUUGUCGAUCCUGGAAGUCUGGGAAACUUGGAUCGUCUUUCCGCCUGCUGUCAUGCUCGAAUAUCGAGACCGUCUGGUCAAUGGCGACGCAGGCAUUGCCGACAACUUUGAUGAGCUGCAAGAUGACGAAGAUGGCGCAGAAAUAGACUAUUCGUCCGCUGAGCCCAUCAAAGGGUUCAAGAGGCUAGAAUCUGGGGCUAUCAUGGCGUCUGUUGACGGCGACCCUGUGGGUGACAAAGCCUCGCCGGAAGUAGUUGACCUCGUUUCCGAAGACGUCGCAGAGGCGGAUGCAGAGUAUGCUGAGCUAUACGGUGUAUCACCUGCUUUGCCUGCUCCUUUGCCAAUUUCAGCAGAUCAGCCGCAAGACGAAGCACCUGCGCCAAUUCUUGCGCCGACAUUCUCGGUCAAAUUGGGUAUAAAGAAGCGAUGA